UUAAGAAAAGUAUACAAUACAAGGUUGAGAAACUGAAAUGACGAAUAUUACUUAAGCACAUUGCCCUUCCGUGCCCUGUCAAUAAUUGUAAAAAAAAAUAAAAUAAGUGGAAAAGCCGCGCAUCUUUCAACAAACAAGAAUUAUACGAAAAAGGAACAGCAGAAAACUAUAUAAUCAAAUCAACCACUUUCAGUACACGUAUACAGUUAAAACAAUUUCAUGCUCAACGCAGCAAUUCGAAGUGGUGGCACAUAUCUGUAUCGUGACCUGUGCAAAUUUAAUUAUCCAACAGCUAUUUCCGUUUGCCAACAAUUCAAUACAACACAAGAGCAGUUUCAGAAAUUAGCGCAGUUUUGUAGCAAAUCAAUACUACGUUCAUUUAACAAUAAAUCAGUUAUACACAAUACCUACGUCAAAACAAAUAAAAUAAUUAUGCCAGAAGAGCAAAAGCCUCAAGUUGUGUUUGUGUUGGGAGGCCCCGGCGCUGGCAAAGGCACACAAUGCUCUAAAAUCGUAGAACGCUUCCAAUUUGUACAUCUCUCUGCCGGCGAUUUAUUGCGCGAAGAACGGGCACGUGAGGGUUCCGAAUAUGGUACAUUAAUAGAGAGCUACAUACGCGAUGGCAAAAUUGUGCCCGUUGAAGUAACAUGUUCACUGCUGGAAAAUGCAAUGCAAAACUCGGGCAAAAAUAAGUUCCUCAUUGACGGUUUUCCACGUAACCAAGAUAACCUUGACGGCUGGACACGUCAGAUGUCGGACAAAGUCGAUUUCCUAUUUGUUUUGUUCUUUAAUUGUCCUGAAGAUAAGUGUGUGGAACGUUGUUUGGCCCGCGGUCAAGCUGGUUCUGGGCGCAGCGAUGAUAACUUGGAGAGUUUAAAGAAGCGUAUACAAACGUACAACAACGAUUCAUUACCAAUUAUCAAGCAUUACGAACAAAUUGGAAAAGUGCAACAAAUCGAUGCUAAUCCAAGUGCUGAUGAAGUAUUCAAGAAUGUGGAAAAGGUAUUUGUCGACGCAGGUUUCCAAUAAAAGGGCUACCUUGAACCGCAACAUCAUUCACGUAGGGUUAAAAUAUUGCGGAAAUUGUUACUAUUGAUUAUUAAAUUGUAUCGAAUUGGAUAUUAGUAAAUACUUAAUUUUACAUGCAGUCAGAUGUACAUGUUUAUAAAAUGUGUGGUGUUUUCAAGUAUAUUUACCCAAGGUCAAGUUCUGUCUACUUGCCAAUAAAGCCUAUAAUUUAAUUUAUUCUACAA